CACGCUAAAGAGAUAGGAUGUCACAUAAACAAGCAGAAAUUUACACAUAUGACUUCUGUGAUGGAGAGCAUCCCGAAAGGCUCCUGGAUGCUCUCAGGCAUUUCUACAUCAGUGGUCUGUUCACAGACGUCACUCUGCAGUGUGGCGAGUCCGGCCAGGAGUUCCACUGUCACAAGGCACUGCUGUCGGCCUGCAGCUCCUACUUCAAAGUCAUGUUCACCACGGACAUGAGGGAGAGGUCGGACAGCGUCAUCAAGCUGACCGGGAUCGACUGUGACGUCCUGGGCACCCUGGUGGAGUACGUCUACACCGCCCAGGUGUGCAUGACCAAGAGCAACGUGCAGAGCCUGCUGGAGGCUGCCGGUCUUCUGCAGUUCCUCUCUGUGAAGCAGGCCUGCGAAGAGUUUCUCAUCCGCUUCCUGGAUGUGGAUAACUGCCUGGGGAUGCACGCUUUUGCCCAGCUGCACGUCUGUCCCGAGCUGGAGAAGGAGGCCCGCCGGGUGAUGCUGAGCCGGUUCCCGGAGCUCGUUCGGCAGGAGGAGUUCCUGGAGCUGGACCAGGAGAAGGUGAGAUCGGUCCUGGCCGCUCAGAGCCUCGCUGUGCAGAAGGAGGAUGAGCUGAUAGACGCUGUAGCCAGAUGGGCGACCCACGAUCUGACCAGUCGAGCUCGCCUUGUUUCAGACGUGAUGCAGUCCAUCCAUGUGGAGCUGGAUGUGAUUUACUUCAAAGCUUCAUUAGAGGGACAGAGAAAAUACUUGAUGAACAAUCACGAGAAGCUCAAAUCUAUUAUCGUUCAGGCUCUGGGGUCAAAUAGCAAAAUGAGCCCUUCAAAUGGGAAAAUGUCCUCGAGCAUGUACGUCAUUGGAGGAUACUACUGGCACCCUCUUUGUGAAGUUCACAUCUGGGAUCCAGUCAGCAGUACAUGGCUGCAAGGAAAAGACAUGCCGGACAAUGCCAGAGAGAGCUACAGCGUCAGCUCACUGGGAGCAAAUAUCUACGUGACUGGAGGCUACAAGACGAACACGGUGGAGGCCCUGGACACGGUUUGGAUUUAUAACUGUGACUAUGAUGACUGGAUGGAGGGCUGCCCCAUGAUGACAGCCAGGUACUACCACUGCUCAGUGGCGCUGCACGGCUGCAUUUACGCCAUUGGAGGCUACAGAGGAGGGGCCCCGGAGCAGGAAGCUGAAUAUUAUGAUCCUCUGAAAAAGAAGUGGUUCCCAGUUGCCAAAAUGAUCCAAGGUGUGGGAAAUGCCACUGCCUGUGUCCUGAGAGAUGAGAUCUUUGUGACUGGCGGACACUACGGGUACAGAGGAACCUGCACCUAUGAAAAAAUCCAGGUGUACCGAGCAGAUGUCAACGAGUGGAGCAUUAUUACAACAAGUCCCCAUCCAGAGUACGGCCUGGCCUCAGUUUCUCUGAACAACAAGCUGUAUUUGGUGGGUGGACAGACGACCAUCACGGACUGCUACGACACUGAGAGAGACGAGUGGAGACCGAUAUCAGUGAUGAAAGAGAGGAGGAUGGAGUGUGGAGCUGUGGUAAUAAAUGGUUGCAUUUAUGUGACGGGGGGAUACUCCUACUCAAAAGGGACUUAUCUGGAAAGCAUUGAGAAAUACGACCCCGAUCUGGACUCAUGGGAGAUCGUCGGCACCCUUCCCAGCCCGACCAGGUCACACGGAUGCGUUUGCGUUCACAGUGUUUAGUGACAAACUCUAAUUAUGACCACUUCUUCACAGCUGUUUCGUGCCAUGUUUGUGUGCUGUCCCACAAGACAUCCAGGUGGAUCCAUUCCUUCAUGCAGCUAUUUGCCAAACUCCACGGUGACACCUAAGUGUUUCUUUUAGAACUCAGGGGGCUUUUGAGUAGCUUAUUUGUUAACU